AUGUGGAAGAAGUAUGAGCAGUUAAAUGUUGGAUCAGAGGAGAAGCAGAGGGCUCUCAGGGAGGUCAAAGAAACUGUGUUACACAGGAAGCUUCUCGACAGCAGUAUCGGUUUCAUCGGGAAGCUUGCCUUUGGAUUUGAGGGACCUUCGGUGCUUGAGGCUACUAAAGGCCCUGGCCAUCCAUUAGUAGACUAUUGGGAUUGUCUGAAGACGAUGGUGCGAGAUUUCGAGUCCCAGUGCGGAUCACUCACUCAGUAUGGCAUGAAACACAUGAGGGCGUUCACAAACAUCUACAACAUGGGGAAGUGGAGCCCGCCGGUUCUAGGGCACAGCGCCUGA